UUCUUUUUUUCCUUUCGGGUUAUGAUAUAAAAAAAAGGAAACCAAAGUUUGUGAGAGAAUCCAUAGUUCUCUUCUCUGAAUUGUUUAAAUCUAUGUCUAAGUAGCUGGAAUCUAGGGUUUAGAUAUCGCUAUCGCAGAUAACAAUGGAGUUGGAUGACGUUAGUAUCGAGGAAUCUAUACUAAUGAGUGGUUCGUGGAUAGUUAGGAAGAAGAGGAGUCUGAAACCGUUUCAGUCUAGAGGUCUUUUUAGCGGUAGGAGUAGUGGUAAGGAAGUGGUAGUAGUAGAAGAAGAACAGAGCGGGAGGAGCUUGAGAGUGUAUAGCAGGAAACAGAAAAAGAGAAAGACAUCUAAAGUAGAAGAGCAAUGUUCUGAAGAUGAUGAUGAUGAUUGCAGAUUAGGUGAGUGGAUGCGAAGGAGAAGCGUAAAACGCAAAGAAGUUAGGCCUAAGGUAGAGUCAGGGGAACGUUUUGAAGAUGAUGAUUGUAGAGUUAGUAAAAGGCGUUCUGUAGUCAGUAGGAAAAAGAGAGACAGACGCCAAGUGGAGAUUGAAGAAGAUGAGGCAUGGGAAGAAGAAGUUAUGCUGUGUGUUAAGAUCAAGUCAACAUCAUCACGAAGCAGGACUCGUAAUUUAGUUUCUAACAGUACUGAAAACGUUGCUGAUGUUAGUACUUCCAGUUCGCGUUCGCCUGCUUCUGAUGUAUCUGAUCCCCUUCUCAAAAACGGGAUAUCUAAUAAUGACUGCACAAGCGUAAGACAGGAACCGAAGGUAGGCCCAAUUUGCCAUCAGUGCUUGAAAGGGGAAAGGAUAACUCUUCUCAUUUGCAGUGAAUGUGGAGUGACGAUGUACUGUCUUCAAUGUAUAAGGAAAUGGUAUCCAGAGCUAUCUGAGGAUAAUGUCGUUGAGAAAUGUCCUUUCUGCCGUAACAAUUGUAAUUGCAGCAAUUGCUUGCAUUUGAAUGGUUCAAUUGUGACAUCCAAGAGGGAACUCUCGAACUCUGAAAGACGCCAUCAUCUUCAGUACUUGAUUACAUUGAUGCUUCCGUUUCUGAAUAAGUUAUCCAAAUUCCAGAACCAAGAGAUUGAAAUUGAGGCAGCGGUUCAAGGAUUACUGCCUUCUGAAGUUGAAAUAACUAAGGCAAUAAGCUACACUGAUGAACGUGUAUACUGUGAUCAUUGUGCAACUUCCAUUGUUGACUUGCACCGAAGCUGUCCAAAGUGCUCUUUUGAACUUUGUUUGAAGUGCUGUCAAGAGAUUCGUAAAGGAACAUUUUCUGAACGCCCUGAAAUGAAGGUAGACUAUGCUGAUAAAGGAUACCAAUAUAUGCAUGGUUUAGAUGCUGCAGAACCGAGCUUCUCUUCCACUUCUGAAGACGAAGAAGCUAUCCAAUCCAACACUAAGUGGAGCCUUGGUAAUAAUGGAAGCAUCACUUGUCCACCAAAAAAGCUAGGUGGUUGUGGUGAUUGUAUAUUAGAGCUUACGAGGAUCCUACCACAGACGUGGAUGUCAGACUUGGAGCAUAAAGCAGAGACUUUCUUGGCAUCAGUCAAUAUUAGCCCUAGAAUGUUGAUCUGUGGGUGUUCUCCUUUGGAUAUUGAGAUGACAAGGAAAGCAGCUUCAAGAACAAAAUCAAGUGACAACUACCUUUUCUGUCCUAAAUCUCUUGAUGUCUUGAAGGAAGAAGAGCUUCUACAUUUUCAAGAGCAUUGGGCAAAAGGUGAACCAGUAAUUGUUAGGGACGCUCUUGAUAACACACCUGGUUUAAGCUGGGAGCCAAUGGUUAUGUGGCGGGCGUUAUGCGAAAACGUGAAUUCACCAGCAAGUUCUAAGAUGUCCCAAGUCCAAGCAAUUGAUUGUUUGGCUAAUUGUGAGGUGGAGAUCAAUACACGUCACUUCUUUGAUGGUUAUAGCAAAGGAAGAACAUAUGAAAACUACUGGCCUGAGAUGUUGAAGCUAAAGGACUGGCCUCCUUCUGACAAGUUUGAAGAUCUUUUACCUCGUCACUGUGACGAGUUCAUAUCCGCACUACCUUUCCAAGAAUAUAGCGAUCCUAGAACCGGGAUUCUUAACAUCGCAGCAAAGCUUCCGGAAGGACUUAUCAAACCAGAUUUGGGGCCAAAAACUUACAUUGCCUAUGGGAUUCCUGAUGAGCUCGGUAGAGGGGAUUCAGUGACUAAGCUUCACUGUGAUAUGUCAGACGCGGUGAAUAUUCUGACGCAUACUGCUGAAGUAACCCUAAGUCAAGAACAGAUAUCCGCAGUCAAAGCUCUGAAACAGAAACACAAGGAACAGAACAAGUUUGAAGAACAGAGCACUGGAGACCGUAGCGAAACGGAAGAAGAAUUGAACAUGCCAGAGAUUCUGAGCAGUGAAAAUGACGAAAGUGGCAGUGCUCUAUGGGACAUAUUUAGGAGAGAAGAUGUUCCUAAGUUAGAAGAGUAUCUAAGAAAGCAUUGCAAAGAAUUUAGACACACUUAUUGUUGUCCAGUUACAAAGGUUUAUCAUCCGAUACAUGACCAUACAUGCUAUUUAACCGUAGAGCACAAAAGAAAACUUAAGGCGGAAUUUGGGAUCGAGCCAUGGACAUUUGUGCAAAAGCUAGGUGAAGCGGUAUUUAUUCCUGCGGGUUGUCCGCAUCAAGUUCGGAAUCUAAAGUCGUGUACAAAAGUUGCAGUUGACUUUGUGUCACCAGAGAACAUCCAUGAGUGUCUGCGUCUGACUGAAGAGUUUCGCCAACUUCCCAAGAACCACAAGGCCAGAGAGGACAAACUUGAGGCAUUAUUGUGAUCGGCCUCAAAAAAAAAAAAAAAAAAUCUUUAGACUUGGGUUGUGUUAGUCUUCACUGACCAAUGCAACACCAAAACUCCUUUUCCCCCCUUCUAUCAACAAUAUGCAAUUCCGGGAUUGAAUUUGGUGUCGAAUCAUCGAUAAACUUUAUCGAUUUACACAAAUCCGAUCGAGAUUGAAGACUUCUACAUUGCUUCUACAACACAAAGAAGGAUGGGUUACAAGAAGGCUUUUCUCAAAAUACAACAUGGAGGGAUGGCAGAGAGAACCUCUCUAUGCAUUUGAGACCUUUGUCUUUGCAAUUAAUGAGAGAUUCGAGUUUUGAAGGCCAUAAGACCCUCGUUGCCAUACCGAAUAAAGAUCGGUGUAUUUAAUGCACUUCGUUCAGUUUUCCGGGAUUAUUGGUGGCCGUCUUCUUACACACAUAAGGUUUCCAAUGCAUCUUAUGAAUGGCUAGAGGCUAGCUCUUGAUUUACUACCAACUCCUCAAAUCGUGGCAUCUCCGGCAUGGCGUGGUGGAUCAUACGAUCAAUCUUGUUGGCUUUUGUGGUGGGUUGUUGGUACGUGUAAGAGACUUCAAUUUCUUCUCAAGGAUCAAGAAAUUGAACACAACAAUGUGUCUUAAUGAAAGAACCUCAAGUUCGUGGAAACAAAACUCGUCAAUGUCUUGAUAUAUGUUAACCUGCUUUUAAUUGUUUUUCUGUGAAGUCUUUGUCUAUAUAAUACUUUGCUUGGAUUA